UGACGCGCCCGGAAGAGGAUGGCGGCGGCGGGGCCGUGCCGGGUGCUGCGGGUCGUGGCGUUGUUGCUGCCGCUGGCGCUGCCCGGGCCGGGCCGCGGGGCUGGGGCCGAGCCGGGCCGCUGGGACCUCGGCGCCACCCUCAACCUCACGGAGCGGCUGUUCAUCUUCCCCAAGACCAUGUUCGACCAGUCCGUCAUCAAGGUGGUGCUGUCCUGCCCCCACGGCCUCAGCCUGAACGUCACCUGGUACCUGCGCAGCUCCCGCUGUCACGACGAGGUCGCCCUCAAUGAGAACAAAGCAGGCUUCUACCUGGCCAACCCCGACCGCGAGCUGGUGCCAGGGGGGGCCGGGCAGUACGUGCUCCAUCACUUCCCCCUCCUCAACUGCAGCCACAUGUCCAGCCACGAGCUGAGCACGGAGCGACUGCCCUCCCCCACCCGGCUGAAGCCCUACAGUGACCCCAAGAGGGUUCAGCUGAAGGAAAGCACCAGCAGCGGGAAGAAGCAGCCCGUGGGCAUUCAGCGGAGGGAAGCCCUGGCCCCCCAGGGUGAGAAGUCCCCCAAGGACAAGGUCGAAGGGCAGAAGCUGGUGCCCACUCGAGCAACUGAGCCCCCCGCCAUGAUAGGGAAGCGAAACCAGAGCCGUGGGGAGGCCAAGGUGGCGCUGUCUGGAGCCCAGGAGAAAUCCAAGGUGGACACCACAGCAAGGACGUGGGACGACGGGCCCUACGUGCUGAUCCUGAAACUGAAGGGGAAGAGCGAGGAGCCACCCCCCCCUGCCGGCUGGGAGAUCUCCAUCCAAGUCCAGAUGAAGCAUCCCGUGUACCAGUACAUCUCUGCCUCCGAGUGGCCUCUCAUGGUGUUCUACAUGGUGAUGUGCAUCGUGUACGUGUUCUACGGGCUGCUCUGGCUGCUGCUCCUGGCCUGCUACUGGCGCGACAUCCUGCGCAUCCAGUUCUGGAUCGGCAGCGUGGUGCUGCUGGGCAUGCUGGAGAAGGCCGUCUUCUACGCCGAGUUCCAGAGCCUGCAGAGCCAGGGCGUCUCCGUGCAAGGGGCCGUGAUCUUCGCGGAGGUGCUGUGCGCUGUGAAGCGCAUGCUGGCCCGGGUGCUCGUCAUCAUCGCCAGCUUGGGCUACGGCAUCGUCAAGCCGCGGCUGGGUGCCCUGCUGAACCGUGUGGUGGGUGUGGGGCUCACCUACCUGCUCUUCUCCGUCAUCGAGGGGGUCCUGAGGGUCAAGUCGGAGCAGAGCAGCAUGGCCGUCCUGGCCUGCGCCAUCGUCCUGGCCUUUGUGGACUCCUGCAUCGUCUGGUGGGUGCUGCUGAGCCUGGUGAAGACCAUGAAGCUGCUGAAGCUGCGGCGCAACGUGGUGAAGCUCUCGCUCUACCGGCACUUCACCAACACCCUCGUCUUCGCCGUGCUCGCCUCCAUCGUCUUCAUCAUCUGGACGACCAAGACCUUCCGGCUCACCAAGUGCCAGUCGGACUGGCGGGAGCUGUGGAUCGACGACGCUUUCUGGCGCUUCCUCUUCUCCAUCAUCCUGCUCGUGAUCAUGUUCCUCUGGCGGCCCUCGACCAACAACCAAAGAUACGCCUUCGUGCCACUGGUGGAUGAGGGCAGUGAGGAAGAGGAGGAGGAAGAGGAGCACAUGGUGAACGAGGCCUUCGAAGGCAUGAAGAUGCGGGGAGCGAAAAACGAAGCCAACGGAAACCUCAAAGGCAGCAGAGUGGACGAAGACCUGAAGUGGGUGGAGGAGAACAUCCCGUCCUCCAUGGCCGACGUUGUCCUGCCCCCAUUGUUGGACUCAGACGAGGAAAUCGUGACCACAAAAUUCGAGAUGUCCAAGAUGGAGUGACGUGGGGCAGGGCCCCGGCUCUGGCAGGAAGCUUGACGGAUGGAUGUUUCGGGGGUUUUUGUUUCGUUUUGUUUUUUUAAUAUAUAUAUUUGUAUAUGGGUCUCACA